AUGUCUGCCGCAUCUGCGUCGCAGUCUGCGACUGCCUUUGAAACCAAUAAGUGCAACCCCGCAGUUCGGAGAUUUGUCGACCGGAAUCCAGAGACUUCAUCAGACUGGAGCGACCUUGUCCAGCAAUGGAUAGGAAGCGUCAGAAGUCCGGCUGGUACUCAGCUGGAGCCAGAAUUGAACAAAGGUUCCCAUCAUAUCCGUCUUUGUGGUUUGAGACGGUGGAAGGCCGGGGAUGAGGACGCCAAAGGAUCUGGUCUCAACCUUGAACAUUUCCUGCAUCUCCGCGCUCUCGUUAAGCGACACGAAAACGAAGAUCUUCCACUCCGUGAAUUGGUUGAGGCCAAAUACGCGGAAGCUGCCGAGGUAUUUCUGGGAAACUGGCAGGAUUUCGACAACUAUAUUUCACAGGUUCCCAGCAACGAUCCAGCCUUAGAUGUUGACAACCUUGGAAUGUUCGCUGGGGCAAAGUUACUGCAGAAUCAAGUACUUCUGGAUGCAUACCUGGGUACUCCUCAGGAUGGGGCGGAUUCGUUCCAGGACUCUGUUACAGAGACUCCACUGAAGAAGUUCAAGCCGGGUAUCAACUUCAAUAUGGAGCCUCCGGACAACGAUGCCGCCGACGAGCAGAUCGUGAACCAAGCUCUCAUCUCAUUUGCCUCUGCACUCACACGAAGAUGGAUGGUCCAGAAGACACCAGCGGCUGCUUAUGCUACCAAUCAAACUCCGACCAAGGGCGGCGGUGCAGCGCCAACUCACGAUUGGAAAACAGUUGCAGACUGGACAAUGGCUCGAGACAGAUUCCACAUUCGAGAACGUAGGAGGAAAGAUGACAGGAUUCAAACGGGACACAUGGAGGGCUUGAUGGCCUCAACAAGAAAAGACAACCUUGAGGUCCUGGCUGACAAUCAUUCCUACGCACGCGUGAUGACCAGUGAGACGGACGGGUCUUUGUACUGCAUAGAUGCAGGUACGACGGAGAUCCUCGCAAUAGUAGAGGCCAAAAAGCGUCUACGGAGGAGAAACCGACUGAAAAUUGAGUGGCAGGAAGCAGCUGAAAUCUUGGCCUGGCUCAACCUGCGGCUUCGAAAUGAAUCUGUACAACAUGGCGGCAAGGGCAAGGGUCCUCUUACACCAAGGAGGGGAAUGCUGAAGGCGAAACCAGCCGCAGGAAAAUCUCGAGAAAAGUCCCGUUGCCUUCUUGUCGCUCAGGAUCGGGAGGAGAUAUAUCUCCUCAUAGGAGAGUGGGAUGCACUAUACGAAGACUAUGCCCUCGAAGGGAAGUUCUCGGAUGCGCAUCUCAAGACGCUGAAACGAUUGGAUGCGACAGGCGAUCCGGCGCAAGCCGACGCUGGCUUCCUGACUUUGCACGUCCACCAGCAACUACCGCCACAAUGCCGCGGCCUCCUCCCCUACCACAAGCCUCUGGAGCAUCUGGUCCGGUUCCGAGUCAGCAGCAGCAACAGCAAUAUCAAAGCCAACGGCCUCCUCGUGGACAAGCAGCUCAGGAGAUGCAACUACGCCGCGACCCACGCCAAGCUCCCAUUAGCUCGGGGACCCAACAACAAGGCGCCGCGACUUCCACUCAAACGCAUCCGCACACGGCCCGACCACAGGUGCCUGGCCAGAUGGCGGGCGGGGCCAUCGUCAUUCAGCACGCCGUCUGGGGCUGCUGUACCCCCCGACGUCAGAGUUCCGUCCCAACCGCAGCAGGAACCGGAUGAGACACCGGUCAAGAAGAAGAAGAAGGAUAAGAAGAACACACCAAUUAAGGACAUAUUUUCACUCGGGAAGAAAAAGGAUAAAGGUGACAAGAAAUAG